AUGAGUGCUAAUAAAGUAGAAGCUGGUUUUGUGCAAGCUCAAUCAGAUAACCUUCCAAAAGUGGAUUCUUUCAUGGUAUUUGAUUAUCUAAGUAAUCAUUCUAAGUUCACCAGCGCUGAAGUCCGUGGAUGGAAACUACAAAGAUCGGCACGUGAAACCUUUGGAGAUGAUGCUGUAGGAUUUGUCAAGUCAAAGUCCAGAGGUCGGGACGUGUUUGUACGACGCAGCGAGGAGCCAUCUCCUACUGAAAAAAAAUGUUACUGGGCCAAACCAAAGCUGGCUACCAUAGGUACUAAAUUUAUAAAAGCUAAAGAUAUGGGUCCCAGUUCAGUUACUACUGAAGAUAAAAAUACUGAUAACACCAAUUCAGAUAAGUUUUUCCUAGCAGUUGUGCAAAGCCUAAAGGAACAUUCUAUUAAAAAUCAGUUAUCAGUAUACGUAACAAAGAAUGAGUAUAAAAAAUUGUCUUUGCAUAACCUCAUUCAUCAAUACAAAAAUGAAGGCAAUAAUAUAAAUAGUGUAGAUGAUUUUAUUGAUUAUUGCUCUACUAAAAUCACCAUAGAAAAAUGUCACAAAGCAGAGGAAGCAACAGUUUGUCAAGCUAGUUCACCGUUAUGGCAUGAGUUAAGGUAUUGUAGAAUAAUCGCGUCUAAAGUUCACGAAGCUGCACGUUGCAAGACUCCUGAUGGUGCUUUGAUUGAACAAAUAUUUGGUGCCUCUGUACCCGAGACUCUGUCUAUGAAAAGAGGCUAA